UUCUGCAGUGCCAUGGCGACAUACCUGGAGUUCAUCCAGCAAAAUGAGGAGCGUGAUGGAGUGCGUUUCAGCUGGAACGUAUGGCCCUCCAGCAGGCUGGAGGCCACAAGGAUGGUUGUUCCCCUGGCUUGUCUUCUGACCCCACUGAAGGAGCGUCUUGACCUGCCGCCGGUGCAGUAUGAACCAGUGCUUUGUAGCAGGCCGACUUGCAAAGCGGUGCUCAACCCACUCUGCCAAGUUGACUAUCGGGCCAAGCUCUGGGCUUGUAACUUUUGUUUUCAGAGAAAUCAGUUCCCUCCAGCAUAUGCAGGCAUAUCUGAAGUCAAUCAACCAGCAGAGCUUAUGCCUCAGUUUUCAACAAUUGAAUAUAUAGUGCAGCGAGGUCCGCAGACGCCAUUGAUUUUCCUGUAUGUUGUUGACAUGUGCUUGGAAGAGGAGGACUUGCAGGCACUGAAGGAGUCCCUCCAGAUGUCCCUAAGUCUGCUGCCUGCUGAUGCUCUGGUAGGGCUUAUCACUUUUGGCAGAAUGGUCCAGGUUCAUGAGCUGAGCUGUGAAGGGAUUUCCAAGAGCUACGUGUUUAGGGGCACAAAGGACCUGACAGCUAAGCAAAUACAGGAUAUGCUUGGGCUUUCAAGGCCAGCUCUCCCCAUUCAACAGGGAAGACCCCUUCAGACUCCAGAGCAACCUGUUAUUUCAAGCAGGUUUCUGCAGCCAGUACAUAAGAUUGACAUGAAUUUAACAGAUCUGCUUGGAGAACUGCAGAGGGACCCCUGGCCAGUGACUCAGGGAAAGAAACGUUCCACUGGAGUAGCUCUUUCGAUUGCUGUUGGCUUAUUGGAGGGCACUUUUCCAAACACAGGGGCCAGAAUAAUGCUGUUUACAGGUGGGCCACCAACACAAGGACCGGGCAUGGUAGUAGGAGAUGAACUGAAAACACCCAUCCGUUCUUGGCAUGACAUUGAGAAGGACAAUGCAAGGUUCAUGAAGAAGGCCACCAAACACUACGAGACCCUGGCUAAUCGCACUGCAGCCAACGGGCAUUGCAUUGACAUCUAUGCCUGUGCCCUGGAUCAGACUGGACUGCUGGAGAUGAAGUGUUGUGCAAACCUCACCGGAGGACACAUGGUGAUGGGAGACUCCUUCAACACUUCUCUCUUCAAGCAGACCUUCCAACGGGUAUUUAACAAAGGGUUCAACGGGGAAUUUCGCAUGGCUUUUGGUGCGAGUUUGGAUGUGAAGACCUCUAGGGAGCUGAAAAUUGCAGGAGCUAUUGGACCGUGUGUAUCCCUGAAUGCUAAAGGGCCAUGUGUUUCUGAAAACGAGCUUGGAAUUGGAGGAACAUCUCAAUGGAAGAUUUGUAGUCUGGAUCCCAGCACAACUCUCGCCAUUUACUUUGAAGUGGUAAAUCAGCACAACGCACCGAUACCUCAGGGAGGCAGAGGGGCAGUGCAAUUUGUCACUCAGUAUCAACACUCCAGUACGCAGAAACGCAUUCGUGUCACCACCAUAGCCAGAAACUGGGCAGAUGCACAGAGUCAGCUCCAGCAUAUAGAAGCUGCGUUUGACCAGGAAGCAGCUGCUGUGCUGAUGGCACGACUGGGAGUGUACAGAGCUGAAUCUGAGGAGGGACCUGAUGUUCUGCGGUGGCUGGACAGACAGCUGAUCAGACUGUGUCAGAAAUUUGGACAAUACAACAAAGAUGAUCCCAACUCCUUCAGAUUGUCAGAAUCGUUUUCUUUGUAUCCCCAGUUCAUGUUCCAUCUGCGACGCUCCCCAUUCCUGCAAGUCUUCAAUAACAGUCCGGACGAAUCUUCUUACUACCGUCACCACUUUGCUAGGCAAGAUCUGACCCAGUCUCUCAUUAUGAUCCAGCCCAUCCUUUAUGCUUAUUCUUUCCAUGGACCUCCUGAG